GCAGGGCUCCGGCCCCCAGCGCCGGGCCGGCCGGGGGACUCUUGGGACAUGGGGGCGCCUGCCGCGUGAGCGCCCCGGCCGUGCCCCUCGCCCAUGGCUGAAGCCUGGAGGCUGGAGGAAGACGAGGAGGAGCUCGGCAGGAGGCACAGGAGGGGCAACCUGGGCUCGGCACCAGAUCGCUCUGAAAGACAUAAACCAGACUACCGCUCUUCAGGCCAAGGACCCCUGUCAUCUAUUAAGGCAGCAAUCAAGAGAACUUCUCGGACUGGUUCUGAGCAUCAGAGAGAGAGAAGACGUCCUGAGAUUACGAUAGUUGCUGCAGAACCCCUCAGGCCAUCUUCCUGGUUUCCAGGUGGAAGUCAUAUCACGCCACAGGGAUUAGGAUUCCCACCUACUACCUGCCAAGCCCAGUGGAGGACAAGUGAGCUUGUUCCAGCUGAGCUUCCACCAUCUUAUGAGCAAGUGAUAAAAGAAAUCAACCAAGUGCAAGUUCAUACUACAAAUAAUAAUAAUGCUGCUGCUUCUAGACCUACCACUACUUCUGCUACACAGACUGACUUUCCAGAGGAAAUAAUCAGUCAUUUGUCAAACAGUAAUGUUAAAAACAACCUGUUUACUAUCUGUGAAUCUGAAAGUGCUCCAGCAGUGCAAAGUCCUCUCAAGCCUCCCAGACCUUCCUCAUCUUUCUUGAAUAGUAGUCCUUCAGAAAAUGAGACUCCUCUAAUUGUCCUUGAAGCAUCUGAAGAACAGAAUUGCCAAAAAAAUCCAACUAUUGUGAUACGUCCAGUGCCAAAACCAAGAUCUAAAGGCAAUCUCAAACCUAUAGUCAAAGCUACUCAAGGUGAAGCACAAGACAAUCGGAAAGGAGAGAGCAAACCUACAGCUGAAAGGGAGGUCUCCCCAAAUCAGCAACUGUCUCUCUUGGAUGAUAGCUUGAACAAUCACGUGGUGGUGGACAGCAUGAAUGCAGAAAGAAACCAAAAUAGUAUUGUUUCAAGAAUCAAAGUUUUUGAAUCCCAAACAAAUACUGAUACCUCAGGAUUAUCCAAAAAGCCAGAAAUUGCCCCAAGGUGUUUUCCCCAGAGACCUACAGUAACUGCAAAGAAGCCAGUAGUGGCUCCAAAGCCAGGGGCAAACAGGGUUUCAGGAGAGUGGGAUUCAUGGACUGAAAGGAAACCAAAACCUGUCUCCAGGGAGCUGCACCCUCAGCCUCAAGAAAGUGGGAGCAGUGUCGUAACCAAACCUGAAUUGCCAAAGAAACCAAAGCCCAGCCUUGUAACGAGUACUAGUAAUGAUUUGCUUCAUGUAAGGACUGGGUCAGCUUCAGAGAAUGAUGGACAGAAGAAAUUCCCAGUUCCUGCUCCAAGGCCGCUUGUUCCUAAAAAGUCACUUUAUUUAGAAAAUCCUGACUCUUCUUCAGCCUUACUAAAACCAGUUUCUGCUGUUCCCAGACUCUCUGUACAUACCCAAGCAAAAGCCUUUCAGUCUGUGGGAGAGUUGUCUGCAACCAGUGUCCCAGCACCUACUUUGCAAAGUAAACCGGAUGAGGAAGGAGAUCUAAUUAGUUUUGAUGAUGAUGUUUUGCCUCCUAGUUCAGUUAGUGCAGGUAAAGAAUGUAUCAGUUCUGAAGCAGCUGCAGAUCCCUUUCAGUUGCCCUGCAAAAAUGAGCCUGCAAAGGAACAGACAGUGCAACCAGCCGUAGCCCGGAAGCCUACUGUUAUUCGAAUCCCAGCAAAACCAGGGAAAUCUUUAAAUGAAGUUCUUCACAUUCCCCCACCACUUCCUGCUGAAAAGCCUAUUGGGAAUACUUCUGAGAUUGCAGCCGGGAAACCCAAUAAUGUUGAGCAAACAAAAAAAGUGGAAUUUGAACAUUCAGAUUGUGGGGGAACUUCUCGGACAGCACCAGUGCUGCCCCCCAGGCCUGUAGAUGGAAAAAUCAUACCAGCUCGACCUCCUCCACCUAAAGGUAUUCCUGGAAGGCCACUUCCUCCAAAACUCUCUGGGACAAAGACCCCCUCUUCACAAAACGACCCUUUUUGCCGAUCCUCAUCUGACAUGAUACACCCUAAAAAACCAGGAAAAUUUGGAUUGGGAAUUAAAAGGUCAAAGAGUCAAGUCUUAAAAAGUCAAGAUCCAGUAUUACCUCCUCGACCUAAACCUGGACAUCCUCUCUACAAUAAAUACAUGAAGCUGGCUGUGCCUCGUGCAAUUGCCAAGGAGGAUUUCAUUCCCAGAAACCCUGGAGAACUCUCCUCUAAGGGUUCAAACAGUAGUCUGACAGUUUGUGACACGAAUACUCCUCAUGCCAUAGUGCUCCAUGAUUUCCCUGCAGAGCAUGCUGACGAUUUGGACCUUCAUUCUGGAGACAGCAUUUUUCUUCUGGAGAGAAUUGAUAAGGAGUGGUACAGAGGGAAAUGUGGGAAUCGCACAGGGAUAUUUCCUGCCAGCUUUGUUAAAGUGAUUGUGGAUGUUCCAGAGGAAGCCAACAAGAGAAAAAUCUCAUUUUCAUCAGUCUGUAUUAAGGGGCCAAGGUGUAUUGCACGAUUUGAAUAUAUUGGAGAUCAGAAAGAUGAGCUAAGUUUUGUGGAAGGUGAAAUAAUAAUUCUUAAAGAAUAUGUAAAUGAAGAAUGGGCCAAAGGAGAGCUGAAAGGUGCAUCUGGAAUCUUCCCUUUGAAUUUUGUGGAAAUUAUUGAAGACCUGCCUGGAUUAGGUACAAGUAUAUCAGCAGUCUGUGUGGGAGGACCAGUGAAGAGGGAGAAUUCUGCUUCUCUUUCUCAGAAUAACAGACGAUCUGGAGAGUGGUGUGAAGCACUUCAUGACUUCACAGCAGAAACUGAUGAGGACCUACCCUUUAAAAAGGGAGAUUGUAUCCGGAUAACAGAGCGCCUAGAUUCUCAGUGGUACAGAGGGAGACUCAAUGAAAGGGAAGGGAUUUUCCCAGCAGUUUUUGUUCAGAACUGUUCAGGAGGAGUAAAGUCAUCACAGUCUGUAGGAUGGAAGAAAGGAAAAGCUAAAGCUUUGUAUGACUUUCAUGGAGAAAAUGAGGAUGAGCUUUCCUUUAAGGCAGGUGAUGUGAUAACAGAGCUGGAACCUGUAGAUGAAGACUGGAUGAGUGGAGAAAUAAAAGGAAAACGUGGAAUAUUUCCCAAGAAUUUUGUGCAAGUUCUGUAAAGUCAUGAGGCUGGAACCCAGCUUGCUUCUGUAUGUAGAGGCAGCAGAUGUUCAUCUAGCUAGCACAAAGGCACAUGAUACUUCAGAGUUAACACCACUGAAGUUAUCUGAUUUAAUACUGUGACUAUCAAAUAUUGUUUUGCACUAUCUUUCUAGAAAGAGAAAUAUACAGUGUCACAUUAUAGAUCAGAGUUUCCUGAAAGCAAAAGUAUUAGGAAAGACUAACAGUUUACCAUCAUGACAGUUUACUUAAUUGUACUUGGCAAAUGCUCCAAGAGAAUGGAUAAAGCAGUUUGCCUCAGCUAGGGCACUAAUAUGGUACAGUAACUGGUAGUUGCCUGAAUUGGUAUUAAUUUGUCAUGCAUAUAAACUGCAUAAAUUAAUCUUAUUUUAUAAUCUGUAUAAAUUAGGCAUUUUAUUAAAGAUAUGUUCUUGCAGAUUUAACUAUUAUUACACAUUCAGUAUGUAUAACAAUCUUAAUAUUAAGAUUUCACUUACAGCUUGAAUUCAUAUCCUCUGCAGCAGCAGCAGUGGAAACCACUUGUUUUUACAAUUGAGAGGGUAGAAAAGAUACUGUUAUUAUCCCAUAGCAAAGAAGUAUCAAAGACUUAUUUAUCCUAUAUGCUGUCUGUAGAGAGGUUGCCUUUCUGUGUAUAGGAUGUUCUGUUCUUAAACCCAACCCCUAAAUAAGCAGAAGCGGUAAGAGAUCAAGAAAUUUUUGGUUAUUUAUUAGUUCCUUUCUUCUUGAAACUAGGGACUUAAACAUUCAGUUUUUAUUUUUUUUUGGGGGGGGGGGAGGGUUAAUAAAACUAGUACAAGUCUCUCAUUUUAUUCACAGAAAGUUUGAAGAUUGUUCUUUCUUACUCGCUCCCAAUUCUUCCAUGUAUUGUUCACUUUGUCCAAUUUAUGCUCCAUUUUCAGCUUCUCAAGUAGAAAUACAAACAUGAUACCAACUAUAUUUCAGCUGAACAUUCAAACUCUGCACUGCUUGAAAUUGGCAAAUAAAUCCACCCAUUCCUACUGAACCACCAAAACAGAUCUCUGAGCUAAAUUGCAAGAAAGCUGAAAAACAUCAAGCUGCCAUUCUUUUUUACUUGUAUAUGCUUCAUUUUAAUAGGAGUACUACACAGCCCUUUAAUUGAGGGAGAAUAACUUAUUGAUAUAACCACUACAAGUUCUCUUUAAAUCAUCUAAGUAAGGUAUAAGGUAGAGUAUAUUGUACAUCUCCAUUAUAAAUUAUCUGUCAAGACUUACAGAAAGUAGACGAUACCAAGAGAAAUUAAUCCAACAGGCUGAAGAAAGAUAACUUACUAAUAGGAAGAGUGCUAAUUGUAGCAGUCGAAUUACAUUAGCUAAAAUCAGGCAAGAUUACACAUAGGUACAGGCAACUUUUCCAUUCAAAGAACCAUCUAGAGAUGUAAACUCUUUCUAGAACAUUUCACUUUGGUUAGUUCUGGGUUAAUACAAAACAAGUCUUCAAGCAAAUUGUUUUACAUGCUUCCUGUUUUGAACUGUUGUUUACUGUAAGAAAAAAAAUCUUUUAAUCUUAAUUAUGCUGCAGUCCAAUCUGUACCAUGUUCAGUAGCACCCUGGUUCCACAAGAGGAAUUAUCCCUCCUUUGUACAAUAUAAAGAACAAGGAAACAAGGGAAAUUGAGUUAGUCCAUCAAGGCAUACAAAUUAAUAGGUCAUACCUCUAAUCAGGUUACUAAUAAAGAAAAUAAUCUUUUCAGUAUGUUUCUCAGGUAAUAAAGAAAAGCACAGGUUGAGACAGGAAGCAGAUAGGCAAGGGAUUCAGCACUGAUGGUUGGAGAAUUCAGAGGACUUUCACUAUGAGUUUUAGAUCUUAAUUUUUUUUUGAAGUCUGAAUUAUCACCCUGGUGACACGCUCACUUCUCAAGUUGCUUUGGCGUAGCCAUAAAGGAGUGCUGAGAUACUAUAACAAUGGACAUGAUCUGCAAAUCACAGUUGAAUCUAAUAGAAUGAAGCACUGAAAAUACUUGCCUGUAAGAUCUCUAGGUGUUUUGUGAAAAAAGAACUAUACGACAAUGACCAGCAUUGCCCAUCUUAUAAAUUCAAGAAGUUGAAUUCACAGUGGAUCAGUAGAUGAGCUGAGAAUUGAGUCUAGAUCUUUUGUCUCUGUCCUCUGCUUAUAUAUAGAUUAUGUUAAAAUGAAAGACAUUUAACAACCCAAGAAGGUCAGUCAUAUAUCAUCUCAGACAAGAGAGACAGACGUGAACAACACGCAUAAGCUAAGGAAUUGGUACACUGAUAACCCAGCUCAGAACUUUGUUGUAUUAAUUGCAUAUGUAACUACCAUCUUUAUGUACACUUACUUAGAUGUAAAAAUGACCAUUUCCAUGCCCAGUUGUGGUUAUUUGUACCUAAAGCCUUGAAUGGGAUGUCUUAAGUUAAAUUUGCCAAGAGCAUAUCAUGGAGUGAAUCAGGCAGUCCCCUUAAAAGGAGAGAACAUGGUUUUAAAUCUGACAGCACAGAAUUAUAAAAUGUAAUUCCUUUUAAAAAUUAGCGACCAUUAUAUUAAACUGGAACACAUUCUUUCCUUAAAGGGUCAUCUCAUCUUCGGGGGGGGGGGGGGCGGAAGCAAUGACAAAAAGUUGUCUUCAUUACAGUGCAGCUCCUGCAUCAAAGGUUUAAGCAAAACGAACACCUUUCACUGUGGCCUUUUGUGCCAACUGCAAUUAAGAAGCCUCCUAUAAAAGUGACAAAUUAUAGAAAUUAACUUGGUACAAAGAUACAAUUUAAUUCUUCCAAAACAGUGGCUGAAUCAUUGUGGCAGCAGAUGGAUUUCAGGUGUGCAAUGUUUACUUAUUUAUUGACUGCCGCUUUUCUAAAGUUUUGAUACAAAGAUUUUAAGCAAAUACUGACUUUAUAAUUACACAUAAGAGGAGGACAGGGGAGGUGUUUUUCCUAUUUUGGCUUUGUUGUUAAUGAUUAAUACGUUUUUUCCUACCAUUUUCUAAUUAGAUUUAAAUAUAACAUCUCUUACAUUUCAUAUGUAUGUCUAAGCAAGCCUGAUAGUUUAUUUUGUAACUUUUAAUAGAAAAUGCGGAAAUUUAUAGCAAGCUUCAUAUAACACCGUGAAUAUCUAAGUUGUGAAAAGAUGAUAAAAAUUGCUGGAAGCUGCAAAUUCAGAACAACAGCACCAUCUAAGGGCUCUUUACAUUAUUGUAGCUUUGUAGAUUGGUCUUAAAACUUGAAGAAAUUCCUUUAUCUUUGCUGUUUAAAUAAAUAUAUACUGAUCUGUUUUGCAAAAAACAUUCUACUUUACGUUGUUAGACUUAACCUCUGUGACCACAGAACUUUGUACAGAGAAUAAUCUGAAAUGCCUAUUGAAUGCAAGAUAUGAUUCAAUGAAAUACAGGAAGUUCCUGAACAAAUCCCAAAUACAUUAAGAGAUUAUACUGUCUUGAAAGUGAAAUACGGACCGAGUCCUUAAGUAUACUACAGUGGUUUUCAUAAUCUCUAGGUUUUUAGCAUUUCUGUUAAACUGCCGACUUUGAAAAUGAAUAUCUUCAUAAACAGAAGAGCUUUUUCCAUCAAAUUUUUUAUACAAUGAGUAGCGUAUAAAAUAAGCCUUUUUAAAUUCUCUAAAUCCACGAAAUGUCUUCAGCAUUAUGGUACCAGUAUGAAUUUGUAUUUAACCAAUAAAUGUUUAUAUUUA